UCAGUUCGUGUAUGUGUGUGUGUGCGUGUAUGUGUGUGUGUGUGUGUGUGCGUGUGUGUGUGUGUGUAAUAUCGCAGACGUCACAGCCUGCCGUUGGUCCAGUUCAGUUCAGAUCGGAUCAGAUGAGCCGUUGGGUCUCCCCGGGGCCAGACUGAGCUACAUCCGGACCUGGAGGCAGUUCACCCCGGCACCGCGCAGCCCCGAGCCCGACCCGGGACACUUUUCCGCGGCAGAGACUCCGCAGCAGCCGGGGCGGAGGGAGGGAGGCAGAGCCGCCGUGAACCUCCGUGACGUGGGACCGCCCGGGCUGCCGGGUUCACCGCGGACUGAUCGAUACGGUCCCCUCAGAGGAAUCAUCGUGGGAUCUUCAGGAGGGGGAGGAUGGAGAGGAAGAGGACGGACUGUCCCGCUCUUCCGCCCGGCUGGAAGAAAGAAGAAGUGAUCAGGAAGUCCGGGCUGAGCGCAGGGAAGAGCGACGUCUACUACUACAGCCCCUCAGGGAAGAAGUUCAGGAGUAAACCUCAGCUCUCCCGAUACCUUGGAAAUGCGGUGGAUCUGGGAUGUUUCGACUUCCGGACCGGGAAGAUGAUGCCGGGGAAGAUGCAGAAGAACAAACAGAGACUUCGACACGACCAGCUCAACCUGGCCAAGGGAGGUAAACCGGACCUGAACACCGCUCUGCCCAUCAGACAGACGGCCUCCAUCUUUAAACAGCCCGUUACAAAGGUUACGAGUCAUCCCGGCAACAAGGUGAAGUCGGACAUGCAGCGAGGGGCCGAGCAGCCGAGACAGCUGUUCUGGGAGAGAAGGUUGAAAGGUCUCCGUUCAUCAGACGUCACAGAGGAAGUCCUGCGGUCGAUGGACCUGCCCAAAGGACUGCAGAGUGUUGGUCCAGACUCCAGCGAGGAAACUCUGCUUUCAGCCAUCGCCAGCGCUCUGCACAUGAGCUCUGCUCCAAUCACGGGUCAGACGUCUGUGGCUGCAGAGAAGAAUCCGGCCAUCUGGCUUAACACGUCCCAGCCGCUCUUCAAAGCCUACACCGUCACUGACGAACACAUCAGGGAGCAGGAGCUGAAGGUGUACCAGGCCAGGAGGAGUCUGGAGGAGGCGCUGAUGGCUGAUGGUUUGGCGCGGGCCGCCGAAAACACCCGAGAGCUGCUGGAGGGGAAGAGGGCCUGAAGACGGAUGAGGAGGAGAGAAAGAGAGAGACAGAAUCCUUCUGCUCACCAGCCUCAGGUUUAUCAUCACCACCAUCAUCAUCAUCAUCCUCUUCAUCUGAACAACAAACCAAAAAAAGACCACCAGAGACAGAAUCAUCUGAACCGUUAUCUCGUAACCCUCAACGACAGCCAGGAACACAGAAACUACAAAGCUUUUCCAGAGCGUCAGCGAUGAAAACAACACCAGCAACAACAUGAACAUGUCAACAAACAACUGCACCAGCAACAGGAACCCGGCGAGCAACAGCAGCAAUAUUUCCAGCGUAUAGCAACAACCCAAGCCUUUAAUCUCUCUGUGAUUUAUCAUAUGCACAAACUUUACGACUUUAUAAUCGCUCAAUUUUCAAAUACAGAUACAUGUUUGUUUUUCUUUGUGUCAUAAAGGUGAAAAUAAUAUGUAUAAUAAAUAAUAAAUAAAUAUAAUAAAAUCAUCAGCGAUCCCAAAGUCAGGUUGCAAACUGCUGGACGGCUUUUGCUAACUCUUCGAACUCUUACUGUGCUUGAUAUUUUUGGAUGUUUGUGGUGUGUGACUGUCGUGAGUUUUAAAGAAGUCUUCAGGGGUUUUAAUGAAAUAAUGAGAAUUUACAUGAAUAUGAAAUGGAACAAUUGCUUAUUUAAGAAAAAUUUUAUACCUUAAGAGGACAUAUGUAUGUGUACAUUCUUGGACUGGAGUAAAUAAAUGAUUAUAUUCACAAUCA